CAAGGAGUUCAUGCUGUGCCGCUGGGAGGAGAAGGAUCCGCGCAAGUGUCUCCGUGAGGGGCGACAGGUGAACCAGUGCGCGCUCGACUUCUUCAGGAAGAUUAAGACUCACUGUGCAGAGCCCUUCACCGAGUACUGGACAUGCAUCGACUACACCAACCUGCUGGAGCUCCGCCGGUGCAGGAAGCAGCAGGCAGCCUUUGACAGCUGUGUGCUGGACAAGUUGGGCUGGGUGAGACCUGAUCUGGGAGAGCUCUCGAAGGUGACGAAGGUGAAGACAGACCGUCCUGUGCCUGAGAAUGUCUAUCACUCUAGACCCAGGCCAGAGCCAAACCCACCCAUUGAAGGGGAGCUGAAGCCUUCUGUCUUUGGCAGCAGGCUCUUCUUCUGGUCCUGGUGAAGUGGGCAGGCUGUGCUCUCACUCGAGUGCAGAGAUGUAUCACUGCGAAUGUAAAUUGCCCAGUAAGCUCUGGGUAUAACUAGUGAUUAAAGAGCCCCAAAC